AUGGGCAAAUUCCACGCCCGGUUGUAUAAGACCGACCGUGCGCGGGAUUUCGACCACGAGCAGGAUCGAUAUGUGCGCAUGCGACAGAUCUAUGAGACUAUCGACCGGCAGGGCUUUCAAUGGAUUGUCGUGCUGGUUGCUGGUCUGGGUUUCUUUCUCGAUGGAUACACGUUAUUUGCCAGUAACAUGGCCCUUCCAAUGAUUUCAUAUGUUUACUGGAGAGACGAUACAUCCUCAUUACGCCUUACAUGUAUCAACAUCGCAACACUCGCAGGCACCUUACUUGGACAAGUGGCAUUCGGUUUCUUGGCUGAUAAAAAUGGACGAAAGAAAAUGUACGGAGUUGAGCUGGUACUGUUGAUUACCGCGACACUGGGCGUGGUGAUGUCUUCAACGGGGGUGGAUGGGAGCAUGAAUGUCUUUGGAUGGUUGAUUUGGUGGAGAAUCUGCGUUGGAAUUGGAGUUGGCGCAGACUACCCACUGAGUGCAGUCAUCACGUCGGAAUUUGCCCCGACGAAGCAUCGAGCCCGCAUGAUGGCCAGUGUCUUCUUCAUGCAACCGCUCGGACAAAUCGCCGGUAAUAUCGUCUCAGUCAUUGUGAUCGCAGUUGCUCGCCAGAACAGUACCCCGGACGAAGACCUAUCUCGAACCGUGGACAUCAUGUGGCGCUGGGUGCUUGGGAUUGGUGUCGUACCUGGUGCGAUCGCUACUCUUUUCCGUUUCGCUAUCCCCGAGAGUCCUCGGUACCUGGUUGAUAUCGAAGACGAUCCUGUCACUGCUGAAUUUGAUGCAAGCACAUUGUUCAGCGAGAGCCCCGGAAUGUCUGAGUUAUCAAGCUGGGGUAACAACGCCGUGUGCAGUGCAGGGGGUGGGAUUCAACUACCACCUAUCUCCUCCAUCGCCAGCAAUUCAAUCAUCGACGAUGACGACGAUGAGUUUACCCGCCUACCGCCAGCUACACUCAACUCGCAUUGGAGAUUGGCGAAGACCGAUAUCUAUCGGUAUUUUUGGACAGAAGGAAACUGGCGCAGUUUGGCCGGCUGCUCUCUUGCGUGGCUUUUGCUUGACUUUGGAUUUUAUGGAAUUGGCCUCUCUAGUCCUCAAUCCUUGGCCAAGACAUGGGGAACCAUUCAUCUCUCUUCUGCGGCACCAAGCUGGAAAACUGACGAUCGACCAAAUGCCAAUGUCUUCCAGAUGUUUAUGGACACCUCUGUUCACGGAUUGGUCGUUCUGAAUGUGGGCAGCUUUGUCGGUGGUAUCUUGCUUAUUAUCUUUGCGCAUAAGCUGGAUCGUGUGGCGCUACAGAAAUACAUGUUCCUGGCGCUGGCGGCUCUGUUUAUUGCCCUGGGAACUAUGUUUGUCUGCCUUUACACCGGACCCCAGGCAGUUGUGACGCUAUACAUAAUUGGUCAGAUCUUUUUCAACUUCGGUCCCAAUGCAACAACAUAUAUGAUCCCAGCCGAGAUUUUCCCCACGCGCUAUCGCGCCACCUGUCACGGUCUCAGCGCUGGAGCCGGCAAACUCGGUUCUAUCCUUGUUCAGAUUUUCUCGGCGUACUAUCAUUUCGGAACCGGUCCAGGUAAUGAAUCAACACGGAGACACGGGAUCGUUCUGAUUGUCUUCAGCGCCUGCAUGGUUCUCGGCGCAGCAGUGACGCAUUUCUGGAUUCCUCCGAUCCAGCAGAAGCGCAAUGGCAAAAGCAAAAUAUGGGGUGGGCAACCCGAGACCCUCGAGAGCAUGGCUCUUGGGCGAAUGGGCCGAAGGAGUCGGGAUGCCGAUUUCCGGAAACGCACAACUCGGCAUCGGGCGCUUUCAAUGAGUGCUUGA